AUGGGCCAAUUGGAGAAUGUUUGUGAUGAAGAAGAUGAAAAUAUACGCGGACAGGAAAAUCUAAAUGCGACAUCUGCAAAAGAUCACUUACAAUCUUCCAACCUUGGCACUUCGGACUUGUCAAGUUUUAAGAAUACAAAGCUACCAGUCCGCGAUGAUGAAAACCUACACGAAGAUGAAAAUAUAAUGAUUGCGACUUCCAAAAAAGAACGGUUAUAUCCUUCUAACUUUGGCAUUUCGGACAUGACAAGUUCUAAUAUAACAAAAGAACCAGUCACUGAUGAUGAAAACCUACACGGAGUGGAAAAUAUAAAUGCGACUGCUGAAAAAGAACGCUUACAAUCUUCCAACUUGGGCAAUUCAGACUUGCCAAGUUCUAAAAUUACAAAAGAACCAGUCACUAAUGAUAAAAAUUUAGAAGGAGAGGGAAAUCUAAACGAGACUUCCGAAAAAGAACGCUUACAAGCUUCCAAUUUAAGAACCUCAGACUCGUCAGGUUCUAAAAAUACAAACAAAUCUGUCCCCGAUGAUGAAAACAUAAACGGAAAAAAAAGUCUAAAUGAGACUUCUGAAAGAGCACGCUUACAAUUAUCCAACAUUGGCACUUUGGACUUGUCAAGUUCUAAGAAUACUAAUGAAUCGGUCUCUGUUGAUGAAAACUUACACGGAGACAAAAAUCUAAAUGCGACUUCUGAAAAGGAACGCUCACUAUAUUCUAACCCUGACACCUCGGAACUGUCAAGUUUAGAAAAUACAAAGGAACUAGUCCCUGAUAAUGAAAACCAACACGGAGAAGAAAAUAUAAAUGCGACUUCAGAAAAAGAACGCUUACAAUCUUCCAACGUUGGCAUUUCGGACCUGCAAAUUUCUAAAGGUACAAAGGCACCAGACCCCGAUGAUGAAAACAUAUACGGAGAGGAAAAACUGAAUAAGAUUUCUGAGGAAAAUCACUUACAAUCUUCACAAAAUGUAAAGUUAUCCUCGUCAAGUCCUAAAAAUACAAAAGAACCUGUCCCCAAUAAUGAAAAGUUACACGGAGAUGAAAAUGCGGCUGAUGAAAAGGAUUGCUUACACUCUUCUAACCAUGGCACUUCGGACUGGUCAAGUUCGAAAAAUACAAAGGAACAAGUCCCCGAUAAUGAUAACCAACACGAAGAAGAAAAUCUCAAUAUGACUUCAGAAAGAGAAAGCGUACAAUCCUCUAACGUUGGCAUAUCGGAUUUGCCAAGUUCUAAAAAGACAACGGAACCAGACCCCGAUGAUGAAAAGUUACACGGAGAUGAAAAUGCGACUGAUGAAAAAGAUUGCCUACAAUCUUCUGACCUUGGCACUUCGCAUUGCUUAAGUUCUGCAAAUACAAAGGAAUUAGUCCUCGAUAAAGCGUCUGAUUGUUCUGAAACAUUUUUCAAAAUGGACCAGGAGGAGAAUAUAUCUGGUGAAGAAGAUGCAUAUGGUUAUUCUAAAUAUUUUCUUAAAAUGAUCCAGAAAGAGAAUGUAUCUGAAGAAGAAGACUCAUCUGAUUUUUUAAAAUAUAUACUUAAAAGGGGCCAGGAGGAGAAUAUUUCUGAUGAAGAAGACCAGUCUGAUUUUUCUAAAUUUUUACUCGAAAUGGGCCAGGAGAAGAAUGUAUCUGAUGAAGAAGGACCGGAAAAGACAAAGAGAUUUGCUGCAUACUAUUUAUUUUGUCCAAACUCGUGCUAUCUGACAGAGUAG